AGACCAACCAGAAUUCAUCACUUCUAUAUCUACUUCGAAUGAGUGGACAAAUUUUCGGAAUGGUCUUGCUCAGAGCAUGUAUAAUAGACAUAGGGCUGCUAGGGCGCAUUGAGGUAUAAACUAUUUGUGUUUGUUCAUUUUCUUUCUCUAUGUUUCUUUUAGUUUUAAUAGAUAAGCUAUGAUUGCAUCACAUUUGCAUUUGUUUUCUUUCAUAUAUAUUUGCCAUCUCAUUUGUAGCCAUUCUUUCUUGUGUAGAUAUGGACCGCGUGGAUAGCUCAACCACGUUGCGUGGAAGAGGCAGGAACAAAAGGAAUUGGACUUCCGAUGAGGACGAUGAGCUAAUUAAAGCCUUGUAUGAGUUGUCUUUGGAUCCGAGGUGGAAAUCCGAUGGUUCAUUCAAAGGUGGGUACUUGGCAAUAUUGGAAAAACAUCUUGCUGAGAAGUGUCCAGGCCGUGGUAUCACCGGAGUUCCACACAUUGAAUCAAGAGUGAGGCACUUCAGGAAGAAAUUUGGUGCUCUUGAAGUAAUGAUAUCCAAAAGUGGUUUUACAUGGGAUGGAAAUAGGAAGAUGAUUCAAUGCGAGAAGGCACAAUAUGAAGAACAUUGUAAGAAUCACAAUGAGGCUAAGGGAUUGUAUGGUGUAUCAUUUCCAUACUUUGAGCAAUUGGCUGCUAUCUAUGGCAAGGACAUUGCAACAGGGGAAAAUGCUGAAGGCUUUGGAGAGGCAGUCGGAAACUUGGAGAAGGAAAUUGCUAUGGAGGAAGAAGAAAAUGAGGAAGAGGAUAUGAUCUCAACAGGGACAGCUAGACGGUCCAUUGACACUUGCUCUAUUGAUACAACUAGUUCUAAGAGACAAAAGAAGGAGCCAAGGCCAAAGAGGGCGACGGGAACAAGCGAUCCUUUUGCAGCCAUGCUUCAAGAUGUCAACAACCAGCUAAACAGUCAAUGA